GGGCGUCAAAGCACCGAGAAGCUUUAAUUCAAACCUCUUUUAGAGCAGUAAAGAAGACAGUGGAAAAAAGGGGGGCGUCCUCUUCGCUGACAGUCCGCCAUGCUCACUCUCCUGCAGCACUGUGGCCGGAACUUGCUGACAUUGAGGACAGUUCAAGCAGUUCAUCAAAGUUAUUACACGACACAGAUGGGUAAGCGAGUGGCCGUGGUGUUGGCGGGCUGUGGAGUUUAUGACGGCAGCGAGAUCCACGAGGCCUCCGCUGUUUUGGUGCACCUGAGCAGAGGAGGAGCGACUGUAAGUUUGUGAAGCUCUGAUCUGCUGCUUUGGUUGAUAGGAGAGGGACAGGAAAUCUGUGUGAAUGUCACACUGUAAAUUUAUCAUGAAAACCUCUAAAUUGACCUGCUGUUGAAGACGAUCCUGCUUAUGUUUGCUCUUUUUUGUUGUUGUUUACGUUGAGUGAAUGGAAAGUUGGACACUUGCUGCAGGCCAGAGGCGAACUCUACUAAUUCAGGGCCUGGGACCUGAAAAAGGCCCCCUCAUAGGAAGUAACAUUGUAAUGUGGAUGUUACCACAUUAAUAUUGGGAAUAUUAAAAUGUUCAAAUUGUUGCAAAAACAGGCUGCACAAUAUUUAAGUAAUUUUAUCAGACACCUCAAAGGGAUAUUCCGGCAUCAAAUUAAGUUAGGGUCAAACACACCAUAACACCAAGUUAGACACCCCGUUGAGAGAUAAAUUGCCAACCACUUGCUUCUCUAGUUAUGUCAACUUAAGUAACGACCACACGAUAGCAAUACAGAGUGCCACGCGCUCAACCAAAACACCACUCUAUAGCCACAAAUAAUGCUCAGAACAGCACCUAACUUCAUCAACAGUACAUAUAGGGUCCCAGCCACAACACUAGCCACCAAACAUCUUGUUAACCUUGCUUGAUUUUUUCAGCUAAGAGACUAAACCCAACUCACCUACUCUCUGAAUCGGUAUAACUAGAGAAACAAGCUGUCGGCAACAUUCAUCUCUUGAGGGGGUGUCUAACUCAGAGUUCAGAUGUGUUUGACCCUAAAUUAAUUAUACGCCAGAAUUUCCCUUUUUCUCUAGUUAUAUCAACUUACAAAUACAAAAAUAAGAAAAUAAAACCUCCAUUUAUUCUGGGUUCAAAACACACAAAGUGAAAUCUCAGCAGCCAGACCUGGACUAUAUAAGAUUUGUGUAACAAUAGAUUAGAGAUGUACAAAAUUUACAUUUUAAAUUAAGAAAACUGAUCAUUUUCUGCCAUCCUUUUAAUAUUGUGAAGUAAAGGAUGUCAUCUUUGUUUCAUUCUCUGCAGGUUAACAUGUUUGCUCCCGACAUUGAUCAGAUGCACGUCAUCAAUCACCUGAAAGGUGCACCAGCUGAGGAGAAGAGAAACGUGUUGGUGGAAAGUGCAAGACUGGCCCGUGGAAACAUACAGGACCUCUCUAAACUGAGUGUCCAAGACCACGAUGCUAUUAUAUUUCCAGGUUUGGGCACACCGACAUGAAAACAUCCUGUUGUUACCCGUUUUUUUAAUUCCUUCAGAUCAUUGUUACAUUUAGUGUAAGAACAGUCCACCCUAAUAAACAACCAAUGGGACUGAAAUUUGUUGCUGUGAGUGGCAAAUGUUAUUCCUGAGUAAAAGCUUCAUCUUUUCAUGUAAUUGAUGACCCAAUAGUGUAUUUUUGAUGUUUUACAGGUGGUUUUGGGGCAGCUAAGAACCUCUGUACUUGGGCUGUGCAGGGGAAGGACUGCUCUGUGAAUGAGGAGGUGAAGGCCACCCUGCAGGCGUUCCACAGUGAGGGGAAACCCAUCGGCCUCUGCUGCAUCUCACCUGUUCUUGCUGCCAAGGUGUUCCCCGGCUGUGAGGUCACUGUCGGUAUCGAGAAGGAUGACAAGUGAGUUUAACUGUCCUGAUGAUGCAGCAUCUGUCUUUAAAGCCCCAGUGAGGAGGUUUAGCUGGAAAUGGACCAGACUGAAGUUAAUACUGAUGCUUCUGUGACUAAAAGGGGCAAACAAGACCUCCAGAAAAAAGGAUGAGUUUUGUUGUUGUCAUUGGAAAACACUUCUUUAUCCAUAUAGGGCAAGAUCAGCAUAAAGAGAAAUCCUCUACAUGGGGUGAAUGAAAUCUACACAAUCAGAAAUUUCCUCACAGGUGCUUAAAGAAGAGACUUGUGGAGAGCUACACACUGUGAACAAAGCUUUAGGAUUUAUUCAUGACACUAGAAGAGAAUUUAUACGCUUAUGUCCUUUGACUGAGUUUAGGAUGGGGAUCCUCUUUCAUUCAGGGUUUGACAGGGUUUGGUAAUGAAAUGAAACGGGUGUGAAGCCGUUGACUGCUAUUGAUGCUUUUUUACGAUAUGGCAAAGCAAACAAGAACAUAACUGACCAGAUGAAUCUUUCUUAUAUUGCAAUUUUUCAUGUCUCAAACCACUGCAAAGAGGAAAGCGUCAGCAGUUUAUUUAAAGAAACAGCCAAAUCUUUACAAUAUUCAUAAAUGAUGACACUGUUGACUGUCAGACGGCAGCAGGAUGAGAUUUUUUUGUCACAGGACAAAACAUAAGCAUGUAGAAGACAAAAUAAGCGAAGACUGCUUUGUCCACACCAAAUUUUUAUUUUUUUAUUUACCUUUUUUUUAACCAGGUUUGUCCCAUUGAGAUUACAAAUCUCUUUAACAAGGGAGACCUGGCCAAGAGGGCAGCAGCAUAGUUCCUACAAAAUUCACACAGAGAUACUCAAUUAAGCUUUCAGUGAAAAUUUUAUCCUAAGAAACUGAAUUUUAUAAAAUAAUGAUAAAAAAAAAAAUCUAAGUAGCUCAAAAUACUUUAUUCAAAAGUGUAACUACUAAAAAAAAAAGGCUAAUCCUACAGUGUGUCCUGAAAGGGGGGCUGGAACAUUUUAUUAUCAGGGUUGUCUUAUAUUCAGAUAAAUGCAAUAUUUAGGCUACAUGAGCUGCAAAACUUUACAUGCUCCAACUGUUGAUUGGGAUGCAUUGUGGGUAUUUUGGACACAGUGUUUUGGAAACCAAGCAGAAGGUGAAAUGUGGGGAAAAAAGAUAACUUUGGUCUUGCUGCGUUGUUUUUGCUUGAUUUUAAAACACUAUUUAAAUACAGCUUUUUUGAAGCAGCAGCAGCAGCAGCAGCUCACUACUUUGUGUCCUCCUUUUCUUUUAGGUACCCUGACACCACUGGCUGUGCAGAAGCCAUCAACCAGCUGGGCUGCAAACAUGUGAGUAAGAGCGUCGGUGAGAGCCACGUGGACCAGAAGAACAAGCUGGUCACCACCUCCGCCUUCAUGUGCAACGCUCCAAUUCACGAGAUCUUUGAUGGGAUUGGAUCAAUGGUGAAGGAUGUGCUGAAAAUGGCUUGAAUGUAGCAAUGUUUAAAAGUUUUUGAAAAAAAAGUUGGGCUGUUAUUUUUUUUAGAGAUUAAUAGCAGCUGCCUGUUAUGCUGAUAUAUUUAUAGAAUGAUUCAUUAACUCUCUGAUUAAAAGCACUUACAGAUUCUCUUUAAAAUACAGUACAUCUGUGUAGAAGUGUUGUGCGCUACAUGGUUCGAUUCACUUUGCCAACAAAAUCAAUUUUUUCUCAGUCCAACUGAAGUUGUCAUACAGUUAAUCAAGAAAGCAGUGUUAAAAUGUAAGAAAAUCAGCAGCAACUUGUACAAAAGUAUCAAAAAUAAAAUCAUUACUUUGCAAUUUCUCUUUAUUUUACAUUCUUUUCCAUUAAAAAUCAGUUUUAAAAUA